GAAAGAGAGCCAAAGCGAACGUCAGUGGUGAAUCAGAUCUUAGUCGGGAGUGUUCGAACAUUCAGUCCCGGUUUCGCGACGCACGUGUUUCGUAUACGGAUCUUGUUUAACGCUGAUAUAAAGAAAUGUUUCUUACCAGAAUGGAAUAUCUGUGGAUUCUACUCUUCUGCGUUGUCUUUUCCGAUGCCUAUGUGUGCCAGGUGAACAUCACAGCAGGAGAGGAGGGGUCAGGUGAAGGACUGAUCAUCAGUGGAGGAGGAAAUAUGGGUCUGAUGACAUGCCCAGGACCACUAGAUCCAGAAAACCACACACAUUGCUGCUAUACAUCUGAGGACAGUGGAGCAAAGGACGGAAAAACAGGCCAUGAUCAUUCCAACAACGGAGUGGCCAGAUGCUGUGCCCCACAGCCACAGCCAGUCGGAGUUUAUAUGGAUGAUAGAACGGCCAUGAUUAUCGCACUGACUGUAACUGCGGUAUGUGUCAUCAUCACCAUCAUCAUUAUCAUUUGCUGCUUCUGGUCGAGGUGCCCGUUGUACACAGCAUGUCGAAUCAGAUAUCAUCAGGAUGAUAUCAUUGCUUAUGCAUCUAAAGACGAGGAAACAGCUGGCCUCAACGACAUGCCACCAGAGGAAACGAAGGGCGUUACCAUUUACUCUCCGAACGCCGUCAAAGUCACGCUGAAGGAUGACGUCUAGGUCGACUCCCCUUUCCCACUUCUUUCCAUUGAUCUAAUCUGGCCUAAGGCAGCGUCUUUGACACAUCUUAUUACGGCCGCAGACAAGGUCUACAAAAGCACCAGAAGGCGUGCAUCUAAUUUAGACCAUAGUACUAUGUUUGCUGGAGCCUGGAAGUGCUUAUGGUGGUCUUAAUGAGGUCUACUCAAGACUCAUUAGUAUUAGUAUGAGAACUAUACUCGGUUGUCUGAUAGACUGGGGUAUUAUUUGGCAUCACAAAAGCAUGGAUCACCGUCAAACCAAUCACUAAAUCCUGCACUGUAACGAACUUAACAGAACCAAUUUUGUUAUGAUGCGUUCGGCGCAAGAUGGCGCAUAGGGCUCUCCAGUUACUAGAUCCAUAGUUGUAGCCUAAGGUUUUUAAGAACGUGUCAAGCUAGUCAAUUUGAUUAUGCUAAGGUCUACCACGCUUAGACAAUGUUGCGGGAUUCCUUAGAAACGUCCUGAAAUUUCAAGUUACGAAUAGCUAUCUUUUUUUUUCUUUGUACUUUAUGAAAGGUAACUAGGGAAUAAGUACUAACGGGGUCGGUUGCGGACAACCAAUGAAGGGUCAUUUGUUGUACAACCACAUUCGAUUUUGCCUUCUAUCCAAGAGGCCUUUUUUUUAUAUUGCAAAGUAUUUUAAGGUAGUGGCCCUUUUGUUUAGCAUAACAGUGAAACUUCUAUUAGAAACAAGUAAAUAGACAGAACACCGAUGUUAUUUGUUAGUGGAAGGGCAUUACAAAUAAGCCUCAAAAGUUUCAGUCUAAACCAAAUGAACUAGAUGACAACUAAAUUUUUUUUAUAUUAAAUGUUUGUACAUCACUAGUGAAGUAUAUAAUA